CUCACAAUUAUUUAUCGAAUCCAAAGCUAUUAUAAUCCUAUUAUUUUUGAAUUUGAAAUAAUUGUUUGUAUUAUUAUUCAAUAAAAAUCAAAAUGGUUGAAAUCAGACCAGAAAACGACAUCGAUGAUGAUCAACAAUCAAACGAUCAUCAUGAAGGAAAUGAAUGCGAAAUAGCUUGGCUAUUUCGUAAUGGUCAUGCAAAUGAUCAACAAAGUGAUGAUGAAAAUAAUGAACGGGUAGAAAUACAACCCGUUAAUAAUCAACAAGAGCUUGAAGAAGAGUUGCGAGAGCAACUUGAAAUUGAAAGAUAUCAACGGCGUCGUCCACGACGUCAAAUUGAUAUCGAACAAAUUAAUAAUGAUUUGGAAGAAUUCAGAAGACUGAAUUUUAUUGAGCCGGUUCCAGUUGAACAAAGAGAACCGGCCCCUGCUGGAUAAAUAAUUCAAAAUUCAUUUAUCCGUCUGUGUGUGGUAUUUUUAUGCUUUUCUCUUAAAUAAAGUUUUUAUAUGUUUUUUAAAUUUU